AGAUGGACCACAUGUCUCCUAGGCUGAGAGCCUUCCUCUCUGAACCCAUCGGGGAGAAGGACGUGGCCUGGGUGGAUGGAGUCAGCCGGGAGCUUGCCAUCAAUUUGGUCACCAAAGGUUUCAACAAGGCCUACGUCCUGCUGGGACAGUUCCUUCUGAUGCACAAGAAUGAGGCAGAAUUCCAAAGGUGGAUCAUCUGCUGUUGUGGUGCCACGGAGCAUGAAGCCCGCCAGAGCUCCACCUGCCUAAAGGAAUGGUGUGCCUGCUUCCUGUAAACACCCUGGCCUUGCUGCUCUACCCCAGAUAAAUAAUACCAUCACUAGCUACACCCAGGCUCCAA